AUGGCGGCCUUAUUCGCCAAGGGACAGCGCCUAGCUCUGCUUAAGCUUCUUGUCGUGGCCAGGUCGUGCAUUAGCGAUAAGACAGCUCUGGCGGCCACAAAGGGCCUUAUCGGCGUUAGGGAGGGUCACGGAGGGGAGGCACGCGUUGCGCACAGGAAGAGUCUGAAGGUUCUGAUUGACUUCUUGGAGGCUGAAUAUGACAAAUUCAAUGAGGAGCUUCAGCUUCAGCUGGGCAGUGGGUUGAUUGACUACGAUCAUCUUUGGGCAAUCUUUAGCCCAUCUACAAUCAUCUACUCCCGGAUUAGCAACAGCCUGGAGAUACCGAUGGCGUCAGUAGUGACGUGGGCAGGAUACGAAAGCCCAGAGGUAGAGCGUGGACAGCGCGAACCCCCGUUCUACCUUGUUCGGAGCAGAACUGUCUACUUUGACGGCAAUACGUUCGCAUUCGGAAGCUUCGAGACAAAGAUAGAGCGCUUCACUGGCUUGGUCAAGAUUGUCAGUCUGAUGUGCUAUCCUUUCAAGUAUCACGAACACGAAGCGCGGCUUCGUGUCCAACUCAUCGAGCGAGGCAAGAAAUAUCUCUCGCUGCAAGGGAAAAUAGCCCACCACAAGUCGUUCACUGGCGUAGCCUACAGGAAGUUUUUGGGCGGCAAGCUCGAUCUGCUGCAGGACAGGAUUAUGAUCGAUGGCAGGACAUUGAAGAAUGUAUGUCUGCUUCAGGGGGCCCGCGAGCUGGCCAAGGGGGUGCCUGUGCAGGAAGAGACAAGCGCCACUGGCUUCCUUCUCAAUGGAAUAUCGCCUCGGUAUCUUUUGGGUCUGCUUUUAGACGAGGCCGCUGACGACGGUGGACCACACACAGACAGCGGGAAUUUUACACAAAGCGCGGAAAUGGAACAUGAAGAUGGCGAAGGCACCGAAGGUAUAUGUGAUGAGUGCCAAAAGAAGAAGCGGGAAAGGCUGAAGGGGGCGAAGGACACGCUAUCGAUGAUAUUCCAUCCUACCAUCGCUGGGUAUUCCCUUGCCCAUUGGAGUUGGCUCGAGUUUCCCGUGGAUGAUAUUGAAGAUGUCAAGUGGGAUGGCCAAGCCUGGGACUAUUUGAUGCUUGAGGAUCAUGCGAAGGAGCUGUUGCGCACGUCUGUGAUUCCCCACGUCUCCAUUCCGGCUCUUGACCUCUACGACACAGGGCCAGGCGGCAGAGGAGCUCUCAACAUUCUACUCCAUGGCCCUUCGGACACGGGGAAGACACUGACGGUGGAAGCGCUUUGCGACCAUCUGCAGGUUCCCCUGAUGAAGAUUUCGGUUGCCACUUUCCAGGUGAGAACAGAGAUUCUCAGCGCAGCACUGAUCAAUCAGAGUAUGCUGGAGGUCUGCCACCGCUGGGGUGCCGUUUUGCUUGUUGACGACGUCGUCUUCCUCUGGGGCCAGAUGAGCCUAAUAGCGCAGCAACAUCAUUGGCCGUCUGUCAUUCUACAGCAUCUCACAAGUUAUCGUGGGCAGGGGGUGAUCUUUUUCACCUGCAAGGGUGGUCACGUCAAUUGGGGCGAGGGAGGCUUGCCACAAAUCAAGACGCAGGAAGGGACGCCCAGACUGCGAUUCAACCUGUCGUUCAGGUAUACGUUUCCAACCAGGCACAGCAGAGCGAACCUGAUUCGAAAGUGCCUUGCGCGAACGCUGGCUCGUGACCAAGUACAAAUGGUUCCAUUGAACGAUGUUGGCUUGCGUCGGCUGGCGGACAGCGACCUGAACUAUCGAGAGGUUCGAAAUGUGGUGCAGCUGGUUUUGGACUGGGCAUGCGAGAAGGAGGAGGCGAUGCCGUUGGCAGUCAUGCAGCAGUUGUUGGAUAUGCCUAGAGAGCAUAGACGGGGGCCUCCGAGGGCUGAGGGUGUCCAGUCCAUCACUCCCUCUCCUUACCCAACAACAAGGCCUGACCUAGGAUGA